AUGCCAAAACACAUCCUAGGGCCUCUGGACGCCGACUCGGCCACUCUACCUGAACUCCCAGGCCACAUCCGCCCAUGGCUUCAAGCCGUUGUCGUCCUCAGCUUCCUUUCUUUCAUCUCGGCGAUCACGUUACUUUCCCUGCUCACGUACCGUCUCAUUCGCUGGCAAAGGAAAGCCAAGCGCACAAACCAAUUCGUCAUCUUGAUUUUCAACUUGCUCAUAGCGGACAUUCAGCAGUCGCUAGCUUUCUUGCUCAACAUUGAGUGGCUCCGUGUGAACUCGGUAGUCGUCGGCACUCCGAUAUGUUAUACACAGGGAUGGCUGGUAUCAACAGGUGAUCUGUCGAGUGGCGUCUGGUGCUUCGCUAUCGGCCUGCACACAUUCGCUUCUGUCAUUCUCAACUAUAGAUUGGGCAAAAGGUGCUUCUUCGCCUGCAUUGUCGGACUGUGGGUCUUCAUCUAUGGCAUCUCACUCAUCGGCGUGGGCAUGUACGGCAAGGAGCUGUACGUGCGGUCAGGCGUAUGGUGCUGGAUACACCACGACCUGCAGGACCUCCGUCUCUGGCUCCACUACUUCUGGAUCUUCGUCGCUGAGUUCGGCAAUGUCUUCAUCUACGUCGCCAUUUACACCAUCCUCAUUUUCCGAAUCCGUUCCGGUCAUUACACACCCGAACAAGCCAAGCGCGUUAAAGAAGUCUCGCUCCUCAUGGUCGUCUACCCCGUCGUCUACGUUAUCUGCACCAUCCCCCUCGCAUCAGCACGUAUGUCCGCAAUGGGCGGUAACCCGCCGUCCUACGCGAGACUCUGUCUAGCAGCCUGCAUGAUCACCUCAAACGGCUGGCUCGACGUUCUCCUUUACACGCUCACCCGCCGCAUCAUGAUAUUCUCCGACGACCCUCCCGCAGACGACAACGGCAUCGACAACUUCGUCGCCUUCUGGAACGAAAAGCCUCGGCGUUUCGGUGGCACCUGGGCGAUCUCAGGCGGAGACACCGAACAUCCCAUGCCCGGCAGAACCCGCCGCGGCUUCCGCUCCCUCUCCCUGACCCUCGACAACGACAGCCAGAACGACCUCGUUGGUGCAGGGACUAAAGAUAUCAAACUCAUCACCACGACGCAGGUCUACAGCGAACCCGCGCAGCCAGAAGACUACGAAGAGAUCGAGGAAAUGGCGCGGCAGAUGCGCCCGCGGACGCCAGCCGGGCGGUGGAGCGAAGAAAGCGGCGCGAUCAAAGAUGUAGAACUCGCGCAUAUACCCAGUACGAAGAGCUUGCGCACGCUCCGGAGUUUGCAUAGCAAGCGGAGUCAGUUGAGCGAGAGGAGCAGCAAGGUAGAUAGUAAAGCGGAGACAAGAUGA